GGAAUCGUGACACUGUGACUUUGAGCUGGGUUCACACGUAGGCAACAGAAAAGGUUUGGUACGCAGUUAAAACUAAAGUCCACCAGGUAAAUACUGACCGUUAGUUCAAGAAAAAAGAUCCUAGCAAGACUUACAAACCAAUAUUUUGCCAAUGAAGCGCGUUUAAGGAGGAUAUUUGAGCGACGAAAGGAGACUUUUCUGUUCAGACGAUUAUUCGGUCGCCAUCUUGGACUGGUUGUGUGGGUGCCUGCCAGGGUUCUAGAUGGAACAGAACGGGAACCAGAACCUGCCUCCCACUACACUCUGUCGCACAGGCUGUGGUUUCUAUGGCAAUGCUGCUUUCGAUGGCAUGUGCUCCAAAUGCUACAAAGAUGCACUAAAGCGCAAACAGAACUCCUCCUCGCCUGUGAGUAGCGGUCGAGUCAGCCCUACAGGUGAGACCAACGACGUCUCCAGCAUGUCUGCCACAUUGGCUCAGACAUCUCUAGGAACAUCAUCACCAGAUCCACCAUCUUCCACGUCGCCACCCCCUGGCAGCACCCCCAGCACCACCAACACCACACCCAGCGUGGAGACGGCCACGCCUACUGUGCCUGUAGCCAGCGCCAGUCAGGAAAAGCAAGACACGGAGAAGACGGAAGAAGGAGCAGCUGGGGGGUCGGAGGUGUCCGAUGAUGGGAAGUCUGAAGACGGGAAAGACAAGAAGCCCAAGAAAAACAGAUGUCAUACUUGCAAGAAGAAGGUUGGACUAACAGGCUUCAUGUGUCGCUGUGGGGGUCUCUACUGCAGUCUACACCGAUAUUCAGACAAACACGACUGCAAUUUCGAUUACAAAGAAUUAGCGCAACAACAGAUCCGGAAGAAUAACCCUGUGGUUGUUGGGAAGAAGAUUCAGAAGAUUUAAUUUGCCAGUAUGGAUAGAGAAGAGCAAUGGGAUUAGAAAUGUGGGAGUUGUUUUUAAAAUAUCAACCAUUACCAACACAAUUGAGUUCUACCACUACCACUGCACUAGGGGACCUGGCAAAACUCUAAUACAAUGAGACCCUCCUGUUACUUGCCUGUGUUAGUGCAACAAGCAUUGGUGCGUUUUUUUGUGCACACUUUAGUGCAUCGUCUCCGUGCAGCCAGAAAUGACUGAAGGGCAUUGGGGAUUUGCACUAAUGGAUGAGUUGGCGACAAGUGGAUUUGUGGUUCCUUCCGAGCUUCAUCGUGGCUGAUUAUAAUAUGUUACUGAUCAUGAUGCAGAUUUUCAUUUCCUUAUUAUUAUUUACAAUGUGUGUAAUUUGAACCUAUGGUAAACUACAUAUAUGUGCGUAUGUAAGUUUGUAUGUACGUUCGUUUCCGAAUCUUGGGCUUUUUCUAUUACCCCGGAUGCCCCUCCUCAAUGUUUACGUUUGUUUAUGGUGUUAUGAAUAUGUACCCUCCGACUGACACAUUGAGCGCCUGUUAGUUGCAGUUAAGCGAGUGCUGUGGAUAUGUCUAUUAACAUUCACCCGAAUAGGAGCUUUUCUUCUACACUUUUGUAUGCUUAAAUAACAGCAGUGAGUAUCCUAGGUUGAAGACGUGAUAUCGUAUGUAACACCAUUAGGCAGUAUUACCCCAGGGAUUCUUAUUGACCAGGGAUCAGUCUUAACACUAACCACCCGCCCGAAAGCCGCACCAUGUUUAAGGAAUUUUUAGGUUUGCGAAAAUAUAUACUGAACCAAAAAUGGUAAGGAACAGGGUGCCGUUGUACAAAACAACCUUAGCGCUACGACUGUCGUAAGUCUAUGUUAAGGUAUGGGAGUUGCGAACACCUUAGCGCUAAGAUCACUUUGCACAACGGCACUCUGGACUAUUUUUGGGGAUAUAUUUUUUUUGCCCAUUUAUGAAAAUAUCCCGAAAAAUAUUUAUGAUUCCUGACCUUUUUUGUUCAGUAUGGAUCAGGAUAUAUCCUAUCAGUCAGUGUACAGGCUUGCAACUUUUUGGGUUAAGUCUGAUCCCUGAGCUCCUGUGGUUGCAAUUUUUUAUUAAAUGCCUAGGAUACGCAUUGUUUCCAGUAUAAGCGCAUAUUUAUCAAACUUUUUAGGAUAUUUUUGAUUGUGUAUUAAUUGAUUACCUCCACAAUUCUGCUUUGUAAAUUGACUACUAGCCAAAUGUCACCUCAAUCACAUAUUCUACUGAUGAAAACAUUCACGCUGAUGGUGGCAGAGUAUUGAGACUAUAUUUGUUAUUGUGUUCUGGGUAUUAGUUUGGUUCAAGGUAGAGGUACAUAUUGAUGAUUUGCUACCAUUUUGAAGUCUGAAAUGUAUAUUAGCUAUAUAAUUGAUUUGAAGCCAGAAUAUGUAUCUCUAGUCUUAUUAAUUGCUUUGAUUCUAAUCCGUAUCAGUAACUGUUGCCAUGGUAACUGUUGCCUUGGUCCUGCUUUACCUCAUUUCUUGGGACAAUUCUGAGCCCUUGACAAAAUAACCUCAGCUCUGGGACCUUAUAUUUCAUAAAUCUACUACCGGGACUAUUAUUAUCCAGUGCUGUGGUUGUUUUGUGAUGGUCACUUCGUAGGGUUUCAAGUCAUCUAGAAUCCGGUUUAUGGAGUGUAAGCUCCAUACGCCUCCAACUCUACUCUACAACAGUGUGUAUCUUGAUUACCACAUCCUUUCACAGUGUACAGAUUUCAGCCACUGGAUUUCUUGAGCAUGAAAUAUUAUUUUCUUCUAUGCAGAAUAGUUAGAGAGUUCUGUUCAUUAUUUGCCAUGAAUACGGUAUAUGUAAUAAUGCGUCAAAAAUUUGAAAAAAUAUUAAUAUAUAUAAAAAAAAAUUGUCAGUGCUUUCUUCAUAAAGCAAGAAGCAUUUAUGAGUAUUAAAACAUGAAAUACUU